CCGGCGGCGGCGCGGGGCGGCGAGCGGGCCGGCGAUCCGGGGAGCCGCCGGAGCCGGCCGCGUGGGCCGAGCAUGGCGGGCUCCCUGCCUCCCUGCGUGGUGGACUGCGGCACCGGGUAUACCAAGCUUGGCUACGCAGGCAACACAGAGCCACAGUUCAUUAUCCCUUCAUGUAUCGCCAUCAGAGAAUCGGCGAAGGUGGUCGACCAAGCCCAGAGGAGGGUACUGAGGGGCGUGGAUGACCUGGACUUCUUCAUAGGGGAUGAAGCCAUAGAUAAACCCACAUACGCCACCAAGUGGCCAAUAAGACAUGGAAUAAUUGAAGACUGGGAUCUGAUGGAAAGGUUCAUGGAACAAGUGAUUUUUAAAUAUCUUCGAGCUGAACCUGAGGAUCAUUACUUUUUAAUGACAGAACCACCACUGAAUACACCGGAAAAUCGAGAGUAUCUCGCAGAAAUUAUGUUUGAAUCGUUUAAUGUCCCAGGACUCUACAUUGCAGUUCAGGCAGUGCUGGCUCUGGCCGCUUCGUGGACGUCGCGCCAGGUGGGCGAACGCACGUUAACGGGGAUUGUCAUCGACAGCGGGGACGGGGUCACCCACGCCAUCCCAGUGGCAGAAGGCUACGUGAUUGGAAGCUGCAUCAAGCACAUCCCGAUCGCAGGGCGGGACAUCACCUAUUUUAUCCAGCAGCUGCUGCGGGAGCGGGAGGCGGGGAUCCCCCCGGAGCAGUCGCUGGAGACCGCCAAAGCCAUCAAGGAGAAAUACUGCUACAUCUGCCCUGAUAUAGUCAAGGAGUUCGCCAAGUACGACGUGGAUCCUCGGAAGUGGAUCAAACAGUACACGGGGAUCAACGCCAUCAACCAGAAGAAGUUCGUCAUAGAUGUCGGCUACGAAAGGUUCCUGGGCCCUGAGAUUUUCUUUCACCCGGAGUUUGCCAACCCGGAUUUCAUGGAGUCCAUCUCGGAGGUUGUUGAUGAAGUCAUACAGAACUGCCCCAUCGACGUUCGCCGUCCACUGUAUAAGAAUGUCGUUCUUUCGGGAGGUUCGACAAUGUUCAGGGAUUUUGGACGUCGCCUGCAGAGAGACUUAAAGAGGGUGGUGGACGCCAGGCUGAAGCUCAGCGAGGAGCUCAGCGGCGGCAGGAUAAAGCCCAAGCCCGUGGAGGUCCAGGUGAUAACGCACCACAUGCAGCGCUAUGCCGUGUGGUUUGGAGGCUCCAUGCUGGCUUCGACUCCGGAGUUCUUGCAGGUCUGUCACACCAAGAAGGACUACGAGGAGUGCGGCCCGAGCAUCUGCCGUCACAACCCCGUCUUCGGGGUCAUGUCUUAGUGGCGGCUUGGGCACCGCUCCCGCAGUGGUGUCAUCGGAGCGCAAGUGUCCUUCAGACCCGGAGACGACGGGCCCUGUACAUAGAGCGCGAGCGUGGUGUCCCAUUGCAUGCGGCGCCGCCCGCCGGACAGCUCGCAAAGCCAUCUGCGCCCUCGCCCCGCCCCACUCCACCCACUCGCCCCGCCCAUCGCCCCGCCCCACUCCACCCACUCACCCCUCGCCCUCGCUCCACCUCCCCGCCCUCGCUCCACCCAUCUCCCCACCCUCACCCCCGCCCACCUCUCUGACUCGCCCGACCCUACCCCUCGCUCCACCCCCCCACCCAGACCCCAUUUCCAACCCCCGCCCCCUCUCACCUUGCCCAUCUCCCCGCCCCGCUCCUCUGUGCCUGCCCCUUACCCCGCCCUCGCCCUCGCCCCGCCCCCACCCAUCGUCCCACCUCCGCCCCUCACAGAGCUCUGCCCCUCGCCCCGCCCCGCCCUUGCUCCCCACCCCUCGCCCCGCCCCACCCUUGCUCCCCACCCCUCGCCCCGCCCCGCCCUUGCUCCCCACCCCUCGCCCCGCCCCUCACCCUGCCCCACCCAUUGCCCCGCCCCACCCUGCCCUCGCCCCCGCCCCACCCCGCCCCUCACACAGCUCUGCCCCCCCUUCACCCCGCCCUUCGGCCCGCCCCCUCGCCCUCCUCUCCACCCGAGCUUCUAGUCCACAGUUGGGUUCUGGAGUUCAGCUGCGGCUCUUAAGAGUAAUAGGUAGGGAAAACCCUAGAACGUGACAAUAGCUACCCCCCACCCCCCCUGCCCAGGCAGAAUAUGGGACUGUAAAGCCUCUUCCUCCCAGACUAUUUUUGUAAAUAAAAUGUUAUAAACUUGAAAUACAAAAUUGAUGUUUAUAUUUCC